ACAACAACAACAACAACAACAACAGCAUCACCACCACCGCCACCACCACCAGCUAAACAUUGUAAUUUAAAUAUUCCAUUAAUAAAUGAUGAUAUUAAACCAUUAGAUCUUUCUACUUCAUCAACAAUUCAAAUAUCAAAACAACAAAAUGAACAACCAUUAAAUUUAUGUUCAAAACGUAAACGACAUCAACCUGUUAGUUUAUCAUCAUCAAAACGAAAUAAUAAUAUUUCAUCAUCGACAGUAACAAAACCAACUACGAUAACUACUGCUGCUGCUGCUGCAGCUGCAGCUGCAACCGCAUCAUCAAUGUUUAUUCCAUUUUAUGCUAUUUCACCAUUUUUCGAUCCUACAACAACAAAUCAACAAGAAAUGUUUCAACAAUUUCAAGCAUUUUAUUUACAAUUACAACAACAACAAAAAUUAACGAAUGAAACGACUAGAAAUAAUGAAUAA